AAAAAAAUAAAAAAAAGGAGGGGUUCGCCAGCUUUGCCUUGCCAGCCGCCUCAGCGAUAAAAAGGAGUCUCGGGGGGUGUUUAGGUUUUGCAAGGAAGGGGAAAGGAUUCGAAGCGAGGCCACGUCUCACUCAAACCCUUGAAACUUCACCCUCCUUUUCCCCUUUUUCUCUUCCACGCUCUCCAAUCUAGGGUUUUAGCCCCUUCUUCUUCCAAAUCUAUUCUUCGCUUUUCUUUUUCUCAAAAAAUCCUCAAUGAGCAACGAAGGGAUUAACUUCAACAUGCCAGAUCUCGGCGAUGCUCUUAACGAGGAAGCUCGAGCUGGUCUCGUUAACGCUCUCAAAAAUAAGCUUCAGAAUCUUGCUGGGGAGCACACCGAUAUGUUGGAGAGCCUGUCACCGAAUGUCAGGAAGCGUGUGGAGGUUCUUAGAGACAUCCAGAGCCAACAUGAUGAAUUAGAGGCUAAGUUUUUUGAGGAGAGGGCAGCACUUGAAGCUAAAUAUCAGAAACUAUAUCAACCUUUUUACGCCAAGCGAUACGAUAUUGUGAAUGGUGUUGGUGAAGCUGAAGGAACUCCAAAUGAAGUAGCUAUGGACCAAGGAGAGGAUAAAGCUGAUGAAGGUAUGGUCUUGUUAAUUCUGGUCCCUAUUUUUUCUCCAUCAGCUCCUUUCUUUCUGUGUGCACGAAUAUUUAUGCAAUUGCUUUAUGCAGAGAAGGGAGUUCCUGAUUUUUGGCUUACUGCAAUGAAAAAUAAUGAAGUGCUUUCUGAUGAGAUCACUGAGCGUGAUGAAGGAGCACUCAAAUAUCUCAAGGAUAUCAAGUGGUAUAGGAUAGUGGAACCCAAAGGAUUCAAGCUAGAGUUUUACUUUGACACCAAUCCUUAUUUCAAGAACACUGUGUUGACUAAGACAUAUCACAUGAUUGAUGAAGAUGAACCUAUUCUUGAGAAAGCUAUUGGGACGGAGAUUGAAUGGUAUCCAGGAAAAUGCUUAACACAAAAGCUCCUUAAAAAGAAGCCUAAGAAGGGAUCAAAGAAUGCCAAGCCAAUCACUAAAACAGAAGAUUGUGAAAGUUUCUUCAACUUCUUCAAUCCUCCUCAAGUUCCUGAUGAUGAUGAAGACAUUGAUGAAGAUACUGCGGAGGAGCUACAAAAUCAAAUGGAACAGGAUUAUGACAUAGGGUCAACAAUUCGAGACAAGAUUAUUUCCCAUGCUGUGUCAUGGUUUACAGGGGAAGCUAUUCCGGGAGAUGAGCUUGAGAUAGAAGAUGACGAUGAUGAUGAAGGUGAUGAGGAUGAUGAAGAGGAAGAGGAAGAGGAAGAGGAUGAUGAAGAUGAUGAUGAUGAUGAUGAUGAAGAAAGGAAAACCAAAAAGAAGUCCUUGUCUGCUGAAAAGAAGAUUGUAAGGGCACAGGGGGAUGGGCAGCAAGGUGAGAGGCCUCCAGAAUGCAAGCAGCAGUAGCUUCUACUUGUUGCUGUGGCAGAUGUGUGGCCAUGUCAGCUGGGUGCUCUAUUAGAUGGCGAUUGGAAAUGAGGGGGGAAGAGGGGUUUACAGUUUUGGUGGUUAUUUAUAGUUACAUUUUUCAUGUUGUACCAUGAAUGAUUGGUUUGGAGAAUCCUUCUUUUCCCUGUUUUGGUCUGGUCUGUUGGUUUGAUAGUACGUGGUCUGGUGGUCGAGAUGUGUUAAGAUUGUCUUUAUGUGAAUGUUUCUCGAACUCUCGAGUAUAUGUCUGCCUUAGUGUUCUUGUUGUGAUAGCUUGUUAUCAAUCAUUUUAUGCCAGUCUGAUUAUAAUUAUUUUUUAA